AAGAAAAGCAAAUGGUAAAGCGUCAUCAUUCGGUUGCAAUGGAAUCCCCAAGUUUCUGGUGAAGUGGAGGAAUUUUACACCAGGGCACACAAGCAGUGGAGUUACGUCUAUAUGUAUACAGCGCUGUUGUGGAAAUUGGUGAUGCUGUUCCAAGUCUAUUGCUAUUUCCAGACUGUUGCGCUUUUCACUACUCCUUUGCUUCUGCAUCACUGCGAUGGCGGUUUAUAAUCCUAGUACCGAUGAUGGACCUCCUUCUGAUGCUCCCAUUCCUCUGCUCACGCCCUACAAAAUGGGGGAUUUUCAUCUCUCCCACAGAAUUUUGCUAGCACCAUUAACCCGAAACAGAUCGUAUAGCCACGUGCCGCAGCCCCAUGCAGCAGCGUACUACUCUCAGCGAACAACCAAAGGUGGUCUUCUCAUUGCUGAAGCAACUGGUAUAUCAGACACAGCACAAGGGUCCCAUGAUACACCUGGAAUUUGGACAAAGGAGCAUGUGGAGGCAUGGAAACCAAUUGUAGAAGCAGUUCAUCAAAAGGGAGGCAUAUUUUUCUUGCAAAUUUGGCAUGUUGGUCGUGCCUCUACAUAUGAUUUUCAGCCCAAUGGCCAAGCUCCAAUCUCAUCAACAGACAAAGGAAUUACCCCUGGCCUUGAGGGAGUGCAAUGGCCUCCUCCUAGGCGGCUAAGGAAGGAUGAAAUUCCUGGUAUUGUGAAUGACUUCAGGUUGGCUGCUCGCAAUGCUAUUGAAGCAGGAUUUGAUGGAGUUGAGAUACAUGGAGCAAAUGGUUACUUAAUAGAACAGUUUCUGAAAGAUCAAGUAAACGACAGAACUGAUGAAUAUGGUGGGAUCUUAGAAAACCGGAGUCGAUUUGCACUCGAGGUAGUAGAAGCAGUGACCAAUGAGAUUGGACCUAAUAGAGUUGGGAUAAGACUAUCUCCCUAUACUGAUUUCAUGGAGGCGAUUGACUCGGAUCCUGAUGCUCUAGGCCUAUACAUGGCCAAUGCACUUAACAAGUUUAACCUUCUCUACCUUCAUGUGAUCGAACCAAGAGUUGUUGGUGCGAGGGUACUUCAAGGGCCCAAGGAUGAAAUUCCUCAUCAACUCCUGCCGAUGAGAAAAGCUUUUAACAGCACAUUCAUUGCUGCUGGUGGCUACACCAGAAGCAAGGGAAACAGAGCUAUUACCGAUCAUUAUGCAGAUUUGAUUGCAUUUGGACGCUUGUUCUUGGCUAAUCCUGAUUUACCAAGACGGUAUGAGCUGGACGCCCCUCUUAACAAGUAUGAUAGGAGCACAUUCUACACUUCAGAUCCUGUUGUUGGUUACACUGAUUAUCCAUUCCUUGAAGAAGCCUCGGAACACUGAGGUAACAUACAUCACCAUUUCUUAGAUAUUUCUACCUAAAAAGUGAGGCUUAAACAAGUAUAAUUUAGAUAUGAUGGCAGGCAGUACAAGACAUCCCAUUUCUCAACUUAUGAGGAGUUGAUGGCUAUCAGUAGUUUUAGUAACAAUGUAAUGACCCUUUUGAUAACUAUUCCACUUUGAUUGACAAAAAACUUGUCAAAAUGAUUUUAAUAUGAAUUCCAAACAAUGCCUAAGAAACUCUAUUCACAUAUACA